GUGAUAUUAUUUAAGAAUACAAGAAUUUCGGGAAGCAGUAUUAUUAGGCAAAACCAGAAAAGUGAUACAAGUCCGACUGGCUGGCUUAGGAUUAGUGGUGGAUUGGAUUAUUCGAGUGUUGGUUGGAUGGUGAUGUGUCAAUCCUUUAGGAAAAUCGUGCUCUCGUGUUUACUAUUUGGUUGUAGUUGCUGCUGAUUUGGAGCAUUUUGCAGCAGGCAAGAGACACGACACGACACGACACGAACGUCUGUGCCGGGUGGAAUUUAAAGAAAGAAGGGCGGAUCACAUAGAUUCUAAAUAAGCUUCAUGGAUGGACAAAACUGAGCAUCAAUAUCCCCUUUUGGAUAAGUCCGAAUCCAACAUGCAAGAUCAUGGCAGUAAAAGUAACCAUCGUCUAAAGUACCUAAGUCUAGUCACACUUAUCGUGCAAAAUGCAGCUCUUGCACUCUCGAUGCGCUACGCCAGGACUCGACAGGGACAUAUGUUCAUGUCGUCGACAGCUGUACUUAACUCGGAAAUCGUAAAAUUGUUCAUCUGUCUCUACGCUGUUUACUGGGAGAGUAACUCGUCAGUUCCUAAAUGGAUUCAUACUUUGAGGUCAAUAAUUAUCAAUCAGCCAAUGGACACGCUCAAAGUCUGCAUCCCUUCAAUGGUCUAUGUUGUCCAGAAUAAUUUACUGUAUGUUGCUGCCUCACAUUUAGACGCGGCGACCUAUCAGGUCACUUAUCAACUUAAGAUACUGACAACGGCAAUAUUUAGUAUUAUAAUUCUGCGGCGAAAACUGAUCCUUACGCAAUGGACAGCCCUCCUCCUCCUGGUCGUUGGGGUUAUCAUGGUCCAACUUGCCCAAACGGACGAAAAAUCUAGCAGUUUGAAGACCGAGGCUGGGGAACAAAAUCGUGUCGUUGGAUUCGUUGCAGCAAUUGCGGCCUGUUGUCUCUCAGGCUUUGCUGGAAUCUACUUUGAAAAGAUUUUAAAAGGUUCGGACAUAUCGGUGUGGAUGAGAAACGUACAGUUGUCUUUGUGCUCAAUUCCAUUUGCAAUUAUCACGUGCGGCCUUAACGAUAUGACGGCGAUAAGUGAAAAGGGCUACUUUUAUGGUUACGACCUUUUCAUCAUCUACGUUGUGGUCCUCCAAGCCGGAGGAGGCCUCGUUGUAGCAAUGGUUGUCAAAUAUGCUGACAAUAUUCUAAAAGGAUUUGCCACCUCUCUUGCCAUCAUCGUCUCCUGUGUGGCGUCAGUUAUCUUCUUCGAGUUUCACGUGACCCUACAAUUUUGUCUUGGAACAAUGGUCGUCAUCGUAUCCAUCUUCUUGUAUGGGUAUCAACCACCAACUAAAGGAAAGCAGCCUUCCCUUAUUGUCAAAGUCUGAUCGGUCCGUACUGUUGUUAUCAUAUAAUUACCUACAUACAUAUAAGAACUAUUGCCUUCCUGUCAUGAUUCAUUAUGUCAUUAGCUAUUAUUUUAACGUUUAACCAAUGCAGUUUUUCUCUUGAAUUGCAAUCAAACAUACGUGUUCCAAAUCUCAUUAUCAGCCAAAUCCCGUAAAAAGCUUCAUGAAAUCUGAGUAUUUAUUGUAACCAUUAUCAUGUUGUACCUUAUGUAUUAAAUAUAUUGCUACCUUUAGUCUAGUAUAAUAAUUUUGCAUAAUAAGUAAGUGGUAACCGGGAUAUGACAAGUUUUAUACAUAUAUAUUAAAUGUAUUUAUAAGGGUGCUCAUCUAAUUUAUUUAUUGCUAUUGAGACGAAAUCGAGGUAGAACGAGAGCUGCGUCAAAAUUUGAAUGAAAUAUUUUAUAUAUUGACGAAAUAAUAAACGAUAGAAAAAUAUGUUUCCAUUUCCCAUUGUA